AUGCUGCUGUUCAUCUCGAAAACACAAAGGAAGCGAUGCAAAAAGUGUUUUUAUAAUUGUUUUGAGCGAAAGAGAAGAAGAGGAUAAACCCAAUCCUAAAACAAAGUUAUCAUUAGUUUCUGUUUCCGUCUCAUUCAAAUUGUGAUAAGUUUGUUUUGGAGUCGCGUGGGAGAUUACGCGUGAAAGUGUGUUCUCGGCAUGACCUCUCCACCUCAGAAUACAGCCACAGACCCUUCGUGGACUGUCAGAACUUCUCCUCAAACAGAACUGGAGAUGAGCGAAACUCUACAUAUGCAAAGGGACAGUGUACGGUUCGGCAGGUCCCGCAACGCGACUGUGGACGGCAAUAGUCGCAAUGAGUACCCGACUGUCCAGACAGUAAUCACUCAGCGCCGGGCAUCACACUUCCAUCACCGCAUGUCCGUGCACAGCACCACCCGUCCCAUCCUCUCUAGAGCAUUCUUUCAGGGACGUGCAUAUAAUUUUUUAGAGAGACCAUCGGGUUGGAAAUGCUUUGUUUAUCAUUUCACAGUAUUCCUCAUUGUGCUUUCUUGCCUGAUCCUCAGUGUGCUGUCCACCAUUGAUGAGUAUCAAACACUGGCUAAUAAAACACUAUUCUGGGUGGAAUUAGUGCUGGUAGUGUUUUUUGGUGUGGAGUAUGUGGUGCGCCUGUGGUCAGCAGGAUGCCGAAGUAAAUAUGUUGGAAUUCUGGGAAGGCUUCGCUUUGCCCGAAAACCCAUCUCUGUCAUUGAUCUGAUUGUGGUGGUGGCCUCCAUUAUUGUACUGGCAUUUGGCUCUAAUGGUCAGGUGUUUGCCACCUCUGCUGUCAGAGGAGUCCGCUUCCUGCAGAUCCUACGAAUGCUGCAUGUGGAUCGACAGGGAGGAACUUGGCGGCUGCUUGGAUCAGUGGUCUUCAUACAUCGGCAGGAACUGAUCACGACUCUUUACAUCGGAUUCCUGGGGCUCAUCUUCUCUUCCUACUUCGUUUAUCUGGCAGAGAAGGAUGCAGUAGAUGAUCACGGUAUUACAGAGUUCAGCAGCUAUGCUGAUGCUCUGUGGUGGGGUGUGGUGACAGUAACCACUAUUGGCUAUGGAGACAAGGUCCCUCAGACCUGGAUUGGGAAGACCAUCGCAUCAUGUUUCUCUGUCUUUGCUAUCUCGUUUUUUGCCCUCCCUGCUGGAAUCCUCGGCUCUGGUUUUGCUCUGAAGGUACAGCAGAAACAGAGACAAAAACACUUCAACAGGCAAAUCCCUGCAGCUGCAUGUCUGAUACAGGCCUCCUGGAGGUGCUUUGCCCUAGAGAACGAUGAUUCUGCUACUUACAAGUUAUUUGUGAAGAGGAAAUAUGUGGCAUCCAGCACUUUAAUGCCCAGCCCAAAAUUAAAGGUAAAGAUGAGGAGAAAGAUAAAGAGUUAUGAGAGAGAUAAUGGGCCCAGUUCUCCCACCAUACCCGCCAUAACCUACGAUUCUUUUGAUGAUGCAAAAGAUGUCAGUCAAGAUACAUUGAGCAGCAUUCAACAGUCAGCAGGGGCAAACACAUUCAGAAGAAGUGAGCGGGAACAAUCAUGGAAUUCUCUUUCGUCCUUCCAGUUCUCCCCACCUCCAGGGAAAAAAUCCCCUGGGUUUUUGGAUGUGCAGUCUCGGCCAACACUUCAGAGGAGCAGCAGCUUUGCAGAUGAUAUGGAGACUGAAGCAGAGAGAGAUAGUUCACUUGUUCCAGUCACUCAUGUGUCUCAGUUGCGGGAUUCCCACAGAGCAGCCAUUCGUGUGAUCCAGAGAAUGCACUACUUUGUCGCAAAAAAGAAAUUCCAGCAAGCACGUAAGCCUUACGAUGUGAGAGAUGUAAUUGAGCAGUAUUCUCAGGGUCACCUCAACCUCAUGGUGCGUAUCAAGGAGCUACAGAGAAGACUGGAUCAGUCCUUAGGGAAGCCGUCUCUCUUCCAGACAAGUUCAGAGCGCCUGAAAGACAAAGGCACGAACACUAUUGGCUCCAGACUCAACAGGAUGGAGGACAAGAUCACACACAUGGACAAGACACUCAACCGCAUUGCUGAGUCUCUGAACCUCAUGUUGGUGAGAGAGAGAGAGUCGGAUUUAGCCAGACGGCAGGAACAGGGUGGCAGCAUCCACAAACAAUCAGCCAACCAGGGCCUGACAGUGCCAGACAGGCAGGACAGCCUACCUUCCUACCAGCAACUCUCCACAGAGACCAUUAAUCUCUCCCAUGAGGACAGCUGAGUGACUUAAGUUCCACUAUAUCACAAAGUGCCUGAUACUGGGUCAGUUUUGGCUUGAAUUAAUAAAGAAGGUUUUAUUUUGGGUAUAGGAACAUCUGAUUAAAGCUCAUCUCAGGUUCAGUGUUGGCUGUCCAGAGAAUAUACCAAAUAAUCCUAUUGAUUUUACUGUUAUUUUGUUGGACAGUUGGAUUCUGUCUAAAGCAACAAGGCAUGUGUACAUAUUAUAGCAUACAAUUGUGUAAGUAUUAUGUUGGCUUUUUGGUAUUAUACAAUUGAUGCUUUCCUUUUUUUUUUUUUAAAGUAGAAGAGAAAAAAAUGAAUAGAAUACUGGGCUCAACAAUAAGGAUGUCCCCCUGGCCCAGGGCCAGUGUGAGAGAAUCUUGGGCCAGUUGAUGGAACUGCCACUUGCCCUGUUAGGCCAGUGCUGCAUCAUCACUAAAUAUUGCCUUUGUUGAUCUUAUUGUAUUUUUUUAUUAUUAUUAUUAUUAUAAAUUAUUGAUAUACUGCAUAUUGUUCUAUCCAGUUUUAUCAGCAUUGUGAGAGUCUUAGAAGUGUUAGAAUGGGAUGAAAAUUAUAAACCAAUCAUUAAUGUUUUGAUUUGUACAUCGUUUUCCAGCAAAGCUAGUUUUUGGUAAAGAAAACUUAACUUUAAUGAAAAAUAUUAUCCCUGGCACAUAUAUACAAUAUAUUAAAUAUAUAUAUUUUGUGGAGGGGCCAGUGAAAAUGUUGGCAGGGCAAGUAAAAUCUGAACUAGUGGCCUGACUGGCCUAGCAGGAAAAAAAAUCCUUACUGUUGAGUCCUGGAAAAUAUAAUUUUGUGACUAGUCUAACCUCUACCCUCUAUAUACGAAUGUUACAAAGAACACAUUAUUUUGAAGUGUUUUAUUGGUCAAUAAUUACUAUUGAAUAUUGAAAGGAACAAAAUAUCCGCUCCUGUUUAUAAAAUGCUAAGAGGAGUAUAGAUCUGUGAAUAAUAUAUUGAAUUUAGCUUCUUUUCACUUACCUCUGUCCUUCAAAUUAAGUUUAUAUUUAUGUCAAUUCACAGAUGUACAAAUAUGAAUGUGAUUUUUUUUAAGUAUCAUAUCUUUCAAGCAAUACUACUGAUUCAAUUCUCCAGUAAACAGUUUCAUCCAAACUGUGAUUUUUAUAAAGUAAUUUGUUUUUUCACUUUGGCAAAGAUGCGCAAAACGUUUUCUGGUUUUAUCCUGAAUAAAUAACUUGU